AUGAAAACAUUUACUUUAUGUUUAAGGAUUUUUACAUUUCUUAUUUUAACUUGGAUAUCUCAUUACUUUUACAUCCAUGAUUCCAGUAGGUCUAUUAUUGAUAAAGAUGCAUUACAAAUAAAAAACAAGUUAAAAGAUAAGAGAGUAUUAGCGGAGGGUAAUAUAUUGAAGAAAAAUCAAACACAUAUUAAAGAACGUAAAGAACAUUAUCCAUCUGGUGAAAAAGAUAACAAAAAUGAAAAGAUGAUCAAUUUGAAGAACAUUCACAGUAUGCGGUUUAUUACUUUUUAUCUAUUAAUGUGUGAACUACUUCGUAUACAAGCAAAUUAAAUUAGUAGUAAAUGUAGAGAUCAUAUGUUGACUGUUUAUAGGUGUAAUAAUUCAUCUGUGGAUAUAAUUGAUCCAGUUUAA